AUAACAAGUCUGUCAUGCUCCUCGUUUGUUACUCUUAUCUCCUUCUCUUUCUUAUUUCAAUCUUCUUCUCAUGAUAUUCUUAUCUUCAAGUGCGAAUUUGAAUGAAGGCGAUGCUGCGCAUAAAAUCGGACCCACCUCUGCGCACACACACGGACUGCCUGUCGUCGCGGCGACUGGUCACCCUUCCAGGUCUGAUCGACGUGCACGUGCACGUGCGUGAGCCGGGCGCUGAGCACAAGGAGGACUACAGCACUUGUACGGCGGCUGCCCUGGCCGGUGGGGUCACCUGCAUUUGUGCCAUGCCCAACACGGCGCCCGCCUGCACUGAUGCCAGCACGCUUGCCCUAGUUAAACAGAAAGCAGCGGCCGGAGCGAGGUGUGACUACGCCAUCUAUUUCGGGGCCACUUCGGACAAUUAUGCCAGCAUUCCUGAGCUGGCUCCCAAGGCGGCCGGCCUCAAAAUGUAUCUCAACGAGACAUUCAACACGCUCCGUCUCAAAGACCUCACCGAAUGGAUCAAGCACUUUGACAGUUGGCCGAAGAAGUGGCCCCUAUGCGUGCAUGCCGAGGGCCAGACUACGGCCGCUGUGCUGCUAUUGGCAACACUGCACAACCGGCCAAUACACGUCUGCCACGUUGCUCGCAAGGAGGAGAUACAGAUUAUACGUGCCGCUAAGGAAAAGGGUUUACCGGUGACAUGCGAGGUAUGCCCGCAUCAUUUGUUUUUGACCGACGUGGAGGUGGCAGCUAGCCUGGGAGCAAGCAAGGCGCAGGUGAGGCCGGUGAUCGGCACCAGAGAGGACCAGCAAGCGCUCUGGGACAACCUCGACAUUAUCGACUGCUUUGCCACCGAUCAUGCUCCGCAUACAGUAGAAGAGAAGAACAGUGAGAACGCCCCUCCCGGCUACCCGGGCCUUGAAACUAUGCUGCCACUACUGCUUACUGCUGUACACGACAAGAAACUCACACUUGAAGACCUAGUAAACAAGUUGCACCACAACCCUCGACGCAUAUUCAACUUGCCCGAGCAGCCGAACACCUACAUUGAAGUGGACCUGGACACAGAGUGGCGCAUUCCACAACGCAUGCCUCACUCCAAGUGCGCGUGGACUCCGUUUGCCGGCACCCGAGUUAGAGGCAUGUUGCAUCGUGUGGUGUUGCGCGGAGAGGUGGCCUACAUCGAAGGAAAGGUGCUAGUACCUCCCGGCUUUGGCGAGGACAAGGGAGCAGAAGAAAGGGAACAAUGCUCUGAACAUCGGUUUGCUGAGCCGCACCAAGCACCAAAUCAAUAUGGACGCCCGCAUACCGGUACUAGCCAAAACGCUGCGCACCAUGCGCCUCCUCCUGGUUUCAGCCUGCUACCUGUGCCGACUUUUGCCGCUGCCCCACCGCAACCGCCAGUAAGCUCUUAUCAUGCACCUUCUAGCAGCGCACCAAACCUGGCUAUCAGCUCUAAUCUGCCUCCUAGUUCGCCGCCAGUCAACAGUUGUGCAUCUCCGCCCGUAAGUUCAAGCCCUGCCAGUGCACAAUAUAUAACAAACAGUUCUAUAUCUUCUAUACCACACACUUUUAGUGGCUGCACUCAGGUGAAGGCCGUACAUGCUUCUGCUUUACUUGGAACCGCUGUCAUUACAGUCUUGAACCAAUACAAUCAACCCUUCUUGUUGCGUGCUGUGUUGGACUCUGGUUCCAUGCGCUCCAUUAUCACCACCCGAGCCGCCACCGCAAUGGGUUUAGUUGUUGUGCCCGCUCAAAUCCAACUGAAUGGAAUCUCUGAAAAAAGGACAUCUGUCAAAGGCAUUGUGCAGUUAAGAAUAUUGUCCAAACCUCAAUUUGAUAUUGCUCUUUCUACCGAAGCUCUUGUAUUAGAUCAAAUUGCUGGCAAUCUUCCUGUCUUUCCGCUUCACCCCGCACUACAGAAUUCGUUUACACAUCUGGACCUCACUGAUCCUAAUUUUGAUAAGCCUGCUGAAAUCGACCUACUGAUUGGUGCCGAUUUAUACUCCAACAUCUUUAUAUCUGCAGAAAAUUCCAUUAUUCCUGGUAACCCUGCCGCCUUUGCCACAAUCUUUGGUUAUGUUUUAAGUGGAAGAUUGAAUAUUGAGGACUUGCCCGCACCGCUCAACAAAAUGCAGCUCAUUUGCACUAUGUUUGCACAGGAAGCACAGCUCAACACCAUCAUGAACAAUUUUGGGAAGCCGAAGAGGCCAUCCCCGUUUGAAAAGAGUCAUCGCCCAAGAUGA